AUGCAGACUCGACCACUUUCUCGAUGCGUGAGUGAUGAACAGUGGGCCAUCUUGUCCCCCGUCAUCACCUACUGGACUGUUUCCGCAUUCUACGAACUGCUGGACUACUUCGACCUGUGCAACAAACACCGCAUCCGCCUUCGGCCCGCACCGCCAAGGGAGUCUGGGAAGCUGCAGAAUCAGAAUCUCGUCACUCGCGGCGCCGUCUUUCGCCAUGUUCUCAUGUCCCAAGUUGCCCAGACGGCUUUACUGUGGGCAGCAUCAGCAUCAGCAUCAGCAUCAGCACAGCUGCCCGCAGAAACGGCUCUCCAAACUGCCCCGGCAGGCCCCGGCCCAGCCACGCUCCACGGCCUCCUCCACGGCGCCUUCAACAUGCUGUGGCUGCUGUCUCGGCAAUUCUGUGCUCUAGUAGUCCUCGACACCUGGGUGUUCUGGACGCAUUAUGCCGAACAUCGCAACACCUGGCUUUACAGGAACGUCCAUGCAGUCCAUCAUCAGCUGUACGUUCCGUUCUCCUUUGGCGCGCUCUACAACCACUGGUUCGAAUCGCUCUGCGUUGAUGGAAUGGGUGGCAUCCUGGGUGUAUGGGUCAUCGGGCUUUCGAGCCAAGAAACGAUCUGGUUCUACGCCUUGGUAACGGCAAAGACGGUCGAGGAUCACUGCGCGUACGAUCUCCCGUGGAGCCCGUUUUCGAUCUUCGGGAAGUUGACCGGCGCUGAUAUCAUUUACCACAACGUUCAUCACGAGCGCUGGGGUCUGAAGACAAACUUUCAGAUCUAUUUCACAUGGUGGGACCGGCUGCUCGGCUCCGAAUACCGGGGCCAUCGUAGCAUAUCUGAUGCAGCGCAGUCGCACGAGCCAAGACCACUUGCGCGCGGCUCGCAGGGUAAGCUAGAUUGA